UUCUAAGCGCUCCCUUGUGACAUCAUGGUCUAGUUAGGUGAAGGGAAGUUUCCGCAACGACCAGGGUGAUAAUUCAAAGAUCUAUAUUAUAAAAUAACGGGUAGCAUAAUAUAGAUAUACUUUCUCACUGAGUGAGGAUGUGAAACAGAACUGCUUCUAUUACUAUUCUGAUAUGGGCAAUUUGUUGCAGCUAAUUCCCAUUGGGAAAAACUACAGCAAAUUUGCCAAUCCCCAGCCACACCCCGGAAAUGAAGUAAGAUAAUUCAGUUACCUGAAUCCUGACAGUCACACUGAAAUGCAUAGGGUUGGAUAAGUGUGAUUUUUUUUCUUCAGUAUUUAUCAGCAAAACAUGUUUAAAAGGUCUAACAACCCAUGACCUCUCUGGCAGAAGAUGGCAGAAAUGACCUGGAAGGAGGUAGUCCUGGUGGUUGGUGUGGUUGUGGCAUGUUACUGGAACAGCUUGUUCUGCGGAUUUGUUUUUGACGAUGUCUCCGCUAUUCUGGAUAACAAAGACCUGCGACCCUCUACGCCACUGAAAAACCUGUUCCACAAUGAUUUCUGGGGGACCCCUAUGACAGAGGAAAGGAGCCACAAGUCUUAUCGACCUCUGACAGUCCUCACGUUUCGAAUAAACUACGUAUUCAGUGAGCUCAGUGCAAAGUCAUACCAUCUCCUGAACCUGGUUCUUCAUGCAGUGGUCUGUUUAAUAUUCCUGCAGGUGUGCAGGCUUUUUUUGGACCAGAAGUCAAGCUUGGUAGCAGCCUUGCUUUUUGCUGUUCAUCCGGUACACACAGAAGCAGUUACUGGUGUAGUCGGUAGAGCUGAACUUUUAUCAUCUAUAUUUUUAUUAGCUGCAUUUCUGUCCUAUACCAAAUCCAAAGGCCCUGACAAUUCAAUUGUUUGGACUCCCAUAGCAUUAACUGUGAUUUUAGUUGCUGUUGCAACAUUGUGCAAGGAGCAGGGGAUAACUGUCAUUGGAAUAUGCUGUGUCUAUGAAGUAUUUGUAGCUCAAGGGUUUACCUUGCCUCAUCUGUGGGACACAGUGUUAAGGAUUCUUCGAGGAAAAGAUGGUCUUCCAUAUUCAUUGCUACAGACUUUAUUUAAGCUCAUUGUUCUUAUGUUUAGCACUUUACUGUUGGUCAUUGUUAGGGUACAGGUUAUUCAGUCGCAGCUACCUGUCUUUACCAGAUUUGAUAAUCCUGCAGCAGUUAGCCAGACUCCUGUAAGGCAGCUCACGUUUAACUACCUUCUGCCCGUAAAUGCUUGGCUGCUCCUGAACCCAUCAGAGCUGUGUUGUGAUUGGACAAUGGGAACUAUUCCACUGGUGGAGUCUUUAUUGGAUAUCAGAAACCUUGUCACAGUCACCUUCUACUCUGUCUUGGGACUGAUGGUGCAUCACGGUGUCCGAUAUUCGGUGGACUCUUCCAAAACUGUCAUUAUGGCACUGUCUUUAAUUGUGCUGCCAUUUAUUCCUGCAUCAAAUCUAUUCUUCCCUGUGGGUUUUGUGAUCGCGGAAAGAGUCCUCUAUGUUCCCAGCAUGGGCUUCUGCAUUUUAGUGGCACAUGGAUGGAGAAAAACCACUAAGAGCCGCAAUCUGAAAAAACUCUCUUGGAUUGGUAUGGCAAUUCUACUUUCUACUCAUGCAGUCAAAACAAUUAACAGGAAUUGGGACUGGGAAUCUGAAUACACACUGUUCAUGUCUGCAUUAAAGGUCAAUAGAAACAAUGCUAAGCUUUGGAAUAAUGUGGGACAUGCUUUGGAGAAUCAGAACAAUUAUGAAAGAGCUUUAAAAUAUUUUCUGCAGGCUACAAGGGUUCAGCCAGAUGACAUAGGUGCCCACAUGAAUGUAGGAAGAACAUAUAAAAACCUAAAUCAAACCAAAGAAGCUGAGGACGCCUACAUGAUUGCAAAAUCUCUCAUGCCACAGAUCAUCCCAGGGAAGAAAUAUGCAACCCGUGUUGCCCCCAACCAUCUAAAUGUCUACAUAAACCUUGCAAACUUAAUUCGAGCAAAUGAAUCACGCCUAGAAGAGGCUGACCAGCUAUACAGGCAAGCUAUCAGUAUGAGACCAGACUUCAAGCAGGCUUACAUCAGCAGGAUGCCUGGCAAGCAUAAACUAGCACUCUUUAAUUCUGCUCUGUUGAUGCAGGAGUCUGGUGAUGCUAGACUCAGACCAGAGGCUAAACAAAGAUUUCUAACCUACGUCGAGCAAGACCCCGACGAUGCAAAUGGAUACUUUAACCUUGGCAUGCUUGCCAUGGAUGACAAUAAGAAUGAAGAGGCAGAACGAUGGAUGAAAAAGGCCAUAAAGAUGCAAUUAGGCUUUAGGAGUGCACUGUUUAAUCUGGCCCUUCUCUAUUCUCAGACCGGUAGGGAGCUGGACGCCUUACCUGUUCUGAAUGAGUUGUUAAUACACUAUCCUGAACAUGUUAAAGGCCUGAUCCUCAAAGGUGACAUCCUGAUGAAUCACAAAAAGGACACCAAGGGGGCCAAGGAAUGUUUUGAGAGGAUUCUCCAAAUGGACCCUAACAACGUUCAAGGGAAACACAACCUCUGUGUGGUUUAUUUCGAAGAGCGUGACCUUGUGAAGGCUGAGAGGUGCCUGGUGGAGACCCUGGUCCUGGCACCCCAUGAAGAGUACAUCCACAGGCACUUGAAUAUAGUCCGGGGGAAAAUUGCAGCUCUGAGUGCUGCAAGCCAGCAGGUAUCUCCAGCAGAUGGUGCUUCAAGCUCAGCAGUGGAGGGAAAAAAAGCUCCACUGGAAAAGGGAAAGAGUGACAAGAAUACACAGAAACCCUCCUCCCCUGCCAAAAAGCCCAGUGAGAGCGAAGAACAAUCAAAGAAACUGCUAGAGGAAAGCCAACCUGAUAAGAGGACUAAAACCAAAUCUACCAAGGAAAUGAAGGAGAUUGAAAAAAAAAGGGCUGCUGCCUUGAAGAGACUGGAAGAGAUUGAACGUAUUUUAAGUGGCGAUUAACCACAUUCAAUCUUCUGAUUUUAAAAUGGUCACGUUCUCUCUUUACCAUUGUGCAGUUUUUGUCUUUUCAAAAUAAUUUCCAUUAUAGUCUAAACUGGUACAGUAUUUCAGGUGGUAAUGCCUUCUAAUAAUGUCUUGUUUGGGUUUUCUUCAUUUUUUUAAGGUGCAACAUGUUAGUCAUCAUAAACAAGAAACCACCUAGCAUAUGUAAAUAAGCAUAUCCCGUAUAAACUAUUGUUGAGGUGUGGGUUUGUUUUUUCCUCAGUUUUGUAGUAUUUAUAUUAUGUUUCUUGUGACUGAAAUUUAUCUUGGACAAUCUGUAGCUGUCAUUGCAUAAUACAAUGUAUCAUUUAGUUUAAAACUUAGAGAUUAUGAAACACUGCAUUUAUCUAAAACACUGUGAUUGUGUGUUCUAACAUGUUUUAUUUUAUGUCUGUACUGUAUUUUACCUUAAAUUGUGUGCUUUUUGAAUGUAUAAAUGUUGUUUUACCUAAACUUCAUUUGAUCCAUUUAAUACAUUUUGUAAAAGAACCAAUAGGUAGCUAGAUUUUAAUUAACACUGGGCUUGUAACUUUUUCAAUAAAGACUACUUUUAUCAGA